AUCAAGUGAUAUACAGAUCGGUCUGUACCGUUACGCCCUCCUUGCAUGCGUAGGAAGUCGCUGGAAAGAUAAGCGCGUCUCUCCGCCAGAAUCCGGACUUUCUCUUCCCAUUACUAAAGCUAUUUACGAGGAUGAAGAGUAGGAUCAGGUUGCUAAUCCCGGUCACAGUGGUUUUAGUGUUGUUCACGCACACCGAAAGAAGGGGAAAGAGCGGUGCAUAGCAACAAGGAAGAUACUUACCCAUCACGGUAUUGAGCAAGCGGAAAGAGAACGUUCAAUCCUGGCGCAGAUUAAUCACAUCCACGUAGUUCGAUAUCUGGGGGCAUGCGAGUUCUGCAUCUAUAUGAAUUAUGUCCCCGGCGAAAUGCUUGUUGGCCUGUCCUGCAUCAUUCCAGUUACUCGAAACGGAUGUAAAAGUGCUGAUCCGUCAGGUCCUGGAUAGUCUUAUCUUCCUACAUCGUCAGAAUAUUGUGCACCGUGACAUCAAGGGAUCCAAUUUGUUCAUCACGCUCGACGACUGCGCCAAAAUUGGGGACCUUGGUUGUGAAACUGUUAUCGAUCCCGGUACGAGCCCUCAUAAAGUUGAAUGA